AUGGCCACACAAUCGCCUACCAAAAAAUGCGGCGUCCUGGGGGCGACCGGCUCCGUAGGCCAGCGCUUCAUCCUCCUCCUCGCCAACCACCCGGUGCUCAGGCUCCACGCCGUCGGGGCAUCCUCCCGCUCCGCCGGCAAGAAGUACAAGGACGCCGUGCGAUGGAAACAAGCGUCCCCCAUGGGCAGCGAAACCGCCGACAUGAUUGUGCGCGAGUGCAAGGCCGGCGAGUUCCAAGACUGCGACGUCGUCUUUUCCGGCCUGGACUCGGACGUGGCCGGUGAAAUCGCAUCACUAACGCAGCACCAAACCGCGCGCGCGCCCAAAGAGCAGGCGUUUGUGCAGGCCGAAAUCCCCGUCUUCUCCAACGCCAAGAACCACCGCCGCGACCCGCUCGUGCCGCUCGUCGUGCCGACCGUCAACCUCUCGCACCUCGACCUCAUCCCGCACCAACGCCGCGCCAACAACCUCCGCCGAGGCUUCCUGGUCUGCAACUCCAACUGCGCCGUCAUCGGGCUCGUGGGCCCCCUGGCCGCGCUCCAGGCGGCCUUUGGCCCCGUCGCGGCCGUCUCCGUCGUCACGAUGCAGGCCGUCUCGGGAGCAGGCUACCCGGGCGUGCCGUCAAUGGACAUCAUGGACAACGUGGUGCCCUUCAUCAGCGGCGAGGAGGACAAGCUCGAGACGGAGGCGCGCAAGAUCCUCGGCCGCCUCGACGACGCCCGCUCCGCCUUCGUCGAGCAGCACGGCCUCCGCGUCUCCGCGACGUGCAACCGCGUCCCCGUCAUGGACGGCCACACGGCCUGCGUCAGCCUCCGCUUCGAGCGCCGGCCGCCGCCGUCGGCGGACGAGUGCGAAGCCGCCCUGCGCGCCUACGUCCCCGAGGCGCAGGCCCUGGGGUGCCCCUCGGCCCCGAGCCCGGCCAUCCGCGUCUUCGACGAGCCCGACCGCCCCCAGCCCCGGCUGGACCGCGACCUCGGCAACGGCUACGCCGUCAGCGUCGGCCGCGUCAGGCGCGACGACAGCCGCGUCUUCGACCUCAAGUUUACCGCCUUGAGCCACAACACCGUCAUUGGCGCCGCGGGCUCAUCUAUACUCAAUGCCGAGGCUGCUAUUCUCAAGGGCUACAUUUGA